AUCCCGACUGACGUUGGACAACAAAAAUGGCGGCAGGAACAAGCAAUUACUGGGAAGAUCUCAGGAAACAGGCUCGACAGUUGGAAAAUGAACUUGACCUGAAACUAGUUUCCUUUAGUAAACUGUGCACAAGUUACAGUCACAGCAGUGCCCGAGAUGGAAGACGCGACAGGUAUAGUUCUGACACAACACCGCUUUUAAAUGGAUCAAGCCAAGACAGAAUGUUUGAAACAAUGGCAAUUGAGAUUGAACAGCUUUUGGCAAGACUUACAGGAGUAAAUGAUAAAAUGGCAGAAUAUACCAACAGUGCAGGUGUCCCCUCCUUGAAUGCUGCACUGAUGCAUACAUUACAGCGACAUAGAGACAUAUUACAGGAUUAUACACAUGAAUUCCAUAAAACCAAAGCAAACUUUAUGGCAAUACGGGAAAGGGAGAAUCUCAUGGGAUCAGUACGAAAGGAUAUUGAGUCAUAUAAAAGUGGGUCUGGGGUAAACAAUAGAAGAACUGAGUUGUUUUUGAAAGAGCAUGACCACCUUCGAAACUCAGAUCGUCUGAUAGAGGAGACAAUAAGCAUUGCUAUGGCAACAAAAGAAAACAUGACUUCACAGAGAGGAAUGUUGAAGUCAAUUCAGAGCAAAAUGAACACUUUGGCCAAUCGUUUUCCUGCUGUGAACAGCCUGAUCCAGCGGAUCAACCUUAGGAAGCGGCGAGACUCACUCAUCCUGGGUGGUGUUAUUGGUAUCUGUACCAUCCUAUUGCUGCUGUAUGCUUUCCAUUGAUGGGACAUUUCCAGGACUCUUUCAUGCCCUGAUCUGGAAUAAAGAAAAGUGGGAAGGAGCAGUUGACUGUCCAGUUAAUUGGCCUGACCAGCUGGAUUAAUUCAAGACUGCGAGUGAUGGACUCUGUGAGGUGGUCAGGUUGAGCUGAAGCUACAGUUCCCUAUGCUAUCUUUCCUAACACACAUUUC